AUGUUGUCAAAGCUCCAGCCCUAUACAGAGAUCGCACGUUCCAGAAAAGCUGUUUGCCUUGUGUGUCGUGAAACGGUUUCAGUUUUUAAAGAAUUUAAUAUCAAACGACAUUAUGAAACAAAACAUGAAGCAAAAUUCGGCAAUUUAAAAGGAGAAUUACGUGUUACUAAGUUAGAAGCAUUCAAAAAAGAUAUCCACACCCAAAAUGUUUCAAAUUUAUUUAAAAAACAAAAUUCAACUAAAACAAAUGUUGUACAAGCGAGCUAUAAAGUAGCGAAUUUGAUAGCUAGUGAAACUAAACCUCUAAGUGAGGGAGAUUUUAUAAAAAAAUGUAUUUUAACUGUGGUUGAAGAAAUAAUUCCUGAAAAAUUAGAACUUUUUAAGGAAAUAAGUUUAUCACGAAACACAAUUACCAGACGUGUUGAAAAUAUAGGGAAUAACAUACUUACACAGCUACAGAACAAAGCACGAGAUUUCAAAUAUUUUUCGCUAGCACUGGAUGAGAGUACCGAUAUCACCGAUACUGCCCAGCUGCUAAUAAUUAUUCGUGGCAUUGAUAUUAAUUUUAAUAUAACAGAGGAGUUGGCUUCUUUAAAAAGUAUGCAUAAUCGAACAACAGGGGCUGAUAUAUUUGAAAAAGUAGAUCUUUGUCUUCAAGAUCUUAAGCUUGAUUGGAAAAAUCUAAGUUGCAUAACAACAGAUGGCGCUCCAAAUAUGAGAGGAGAGAAUAUUGGUUUUGUUGGUAGAGUAAAUAAACUUUUAAAAUUGAAAAAUAUUGAACCUCCUAUUAAUAUUCACUGUAUUAUUCAUCAGCAGGCUCUCUGUGGAAAAGUUAUAGGUCUAGAACAUGUUAUGUCUGUUGUAACAAAAGCGGUUAAUUUUAUUAGGUCUCAUGGCCUUACUCAUAGACAGUUUCAAAGUUUUCUUCUCGAAAUAGAAGCUGAGUACAAUGACGUAAUUAGCAGGACCCGGAAGCGGCUGUACUGA